AUGUUCACAUCCGCGCUAAAGAGAAUGGCGGCGGCCGGCCUGCACGCCGUGGCUCUGGAUCUGCCCAACAGCGGCGAGUCGUGUCGUGCUGCGUCAGCAUGUGCUGAUCCCACGCAAGCUACCCAGCUCCCCAGUGGCGAGCUGACCAUGGUUGACGUGGCGAACCUUGUGCUGCAAGCCGCUCAUGCGCUUCGAUUCUCGCCGCCAUUUGACAUUGUGGGGCACGAGGCGGGCGCAACAGUGGCCAUCCACAUAGCAGCGGAGCUACCUCACAUUGUGGUGUGCCGCCUGGUGGGGCACGAGGCGGGCGCGACAGUGGCGAUCCACAUAGCGGCAGAGCUGCCACACAUCGUGCGGCGCCUGGUGCUGUGGGGCGUGCCCAUGCUCGGCUUCAUGGAGCGCGGCGACGCCCUCCGCGAGGAAACCCCCGACACCCACUACGACGCAGACCUCCCCGCCGCUGUCACCACGUUUCUCGAGCGCCGCUUCCCCGACGGAGGCGUGCCGUGGCAGCUGAAGGUGCGGACGCUGAUCGACAUGCUGCAGACGUAUGAGCGGCGGCCAUGGCUGUCAAGAGCUAUGGCUGUGGUGGAUCAUGCCGAGCUGCUGAAGCGGGUUCACACGCCCGUGCUCUGCAUGGCUGGGGAGAGUGAGCCGCUGCACAAGGCGACGAGAAAAGCCGCCCUGCUGUGCAAGAACGGGGAUUAUGUGGAUAUGGGGGCGGCGGGGCGGGAUGUGGUGGACGAGUUACCAGACGACUACACCAGCGUCGUGCUGCAGUUUCUCUGUGGGGAACCUGGUCCGGCCGGGCCUACGGAACGAGCCAGUUGUUCCGUGCCAGCCGCUGACAUGGCAGGGGUAGAACAGCGGGAGGGAGGGGUAGAGAUGAGGGAGGUGGGGCAGCAGGGGCGCAGCUACGGCACGAGCAGCAGCAGCAGCAUGGCGUCAUCUCCUGUGAUGGGCAGCAUGGCCUCGUCCCCCGUGACCGCCGUUUCCCCCAGCAGCCGCUCGUCCAACGACAGCGAGGAGCGGCGCGCGUCAGGGGAGAAGCGCACCAAAGACCGCAUCAAGUCGUUCUUCCGGGGGAAGAGCACCGCUUGA